AUGCCUGAUUGCAAUUGCUCCGCGGCCAAUGACCGACAACGGAUCAUUGACAACGCUAGCUGGCUAGCCGGCCGGGAUGUUCGUCUUAUCACUCUAUCGGGUCUGAUAUCUGGUGAGCCUGGCACACUUUACCCUCAAAUAUGCGCGCUCGUUAUCCCGGCGGAUGUAAAUCCGCAUGCGUUGGGCAGAGAAUUCUCCAAGGAAGUUCUUUUCAGCGCAAAUUAUACAGAUACCAGGAGGGACCCAUCACAGAGAACGGGAAUGAAAGAACAAGACAUGGUUGAUGAAGCUGUGAAGCUACUUCGACGAGAUAUAGAGAGAGUGGUGGGAAGGGUUAUACAAUGCGAUCAGCACGGGAUUUUCUAUAUCGAAAAGCCGAACUUAAGACGCGACUGGUCAAAUAUUCAGAAGAAUAUUUUUCAGACAGGGCCGUACCCUGCAAGGGUCCCUAGGGAGGACACUAAAAUAUCACAGCCGCGGAUAUUCGUUGAUUACACCAACGAAGAAUUAAAGGAGGCGCUUCAAAAAACACAGCCAACAUCACAAAUCCCUCUUGAUCUCAGCGAUUCUGAUUCUGGUAUCUUUGAGCGUGCUAGUUAUGCUGCAAGUCAGGCCCUGCGCGACGAUUUGAGAGCUGUCGCUCAUGAAGUUGGGGCAGAGGAAAGACAAAGAACUGCCGAAUUAGAAAGAAAGAAAAGUAGGGAGUCUUCGCGCUCCAGGACCAAACUUAAAAGGGCUAUUGAGCCAACGCCGGUUGAUACGACCAAGAGGAGGAAGGCCCGGAAGCUAUAA